AUGGACGGCAUCGACGGGCUGGACAUAGCCGUACCGGACUACAUCAACGAGCAACUGAUUGUAAAUUCUAUCAAAAAUGGACUCGGUGUACUGAGGCCACGAAUACUCGCAAGUAAAAUAACGCGCGCAACGGCCAAUGGUGAUAACUACAUGAGUGAUGUGUUUCGUAUCACGACGAGUUACGUCGAUGGCACGGAUAACGAGAAGCAAAGCGAAUCACGGAACAUUUCACUCGUGGUGAAAAGUCUUCCAAACACUGGUCAACGUGGUCCAAUCAUAAUCGAGAUGAAGGCAUACGAAAAGGAAGCCAUCAUGUUUCAGGAUAUCGUGCCCAAACUGUCCAAGAUGACGAACGACACGUUCUUUGCCGCCCGUUGCUUUUAUGCCUCCGAUUUGCCCGAACGUUUGCUUGUGUUUGAAGACUUGAAAGCGUUGGAUUUCGUUGCAGUAAACCGUCAAGCUGGGCUGGAUUUCGAACAUUGUGCACUGGUGAUGAAAAAGAUCGGUCAAUUCCAUGCUGCAUCGAUGCAGUUUGCCGUGCAGGAGGGGGAUCUGUUGCGACGGCACUUUAAUUUUAACAUGUUCAAUCCGGACUACAGUGAACCGUCCGAGCAAAUGCGGAUCAUCUUCGAGAAGGGGCUGGAAACAUUGAUUGCCGUUGUGAAAACGCAGUGGGAUGGCUUUGAUCGAACGAUUGUGAACAAGCUGGAAAAACUUGCUCCGGUGUAUGUGGAGCGACUGCGCGACUGUUUACAGCAGGAUUGUGAAUCGGACGGUGGCUACCGCGUGCUAAAUCAUGGCGAUUUAUGGUCAAACAACAUGAUGUUUCGCUACGAUCCAAACAACCCCUCGAUCGUGCAGGAUGUUGCGUUUGUGGACUUACAGAUCUGUUUCUAUUCGAGUCCGGGAGUGGACUUAAACUAUGCCCUAGCCAACUGCCCGAAUUAUGAAACACGUUCCCGGCUGGACGAACUCAUCGAACUGUACUACGAGUCGUUCAGUGCAACGCUCGAGUAUCUUCAGUACGAUGCGAGACCCAUACCAACGCUGGAGGACGUGCGGUACGAGAUAAGAAGGAUGGAAUUUUUUGCCCUCGUGUCCGUCGUAUCCGUGCUGCCGAUUGUGCUGAUGGACCAGACGGAUGAGCUGGUGGCCAACUUUGAGAAUCUCAUGGAAGGUGAGGAUGCCGAAAAGGCACGCCAGAUACAGUACAAUGGAGUGAAUUAUCAGCGGAUUGUGCGGCCGAUGCUGAUUGAGUUUAAUCAGCGGAAAAUGCUUGACAUUUAG